AAAGGAUUGGUAAACGUGCACUCAGUGCUUUUAAUACACAACGAAAGUAGACUAGGGUGUAAACGAGUGAAAGAUUCACAUUGCUGCUUCCCCUUUUUGACGGCUCGGUCAAGCUUUACAGCACCCUCCCAACUUCCUUGUCCAAGUCGUAGUUGCACUGCUACUUACCGCAUCUUCAAGCACGUUCGCAAAUAAUGGAAGCUUCCAGAACGAAAUGAGGACUGUUUACGGACACGGGACUAAAACUAUUUACUAUCUCGUUAAAGUCGUCGUCGGAGUGAUCGAUUGAAAAGGCGGACAGCACCAUGGGCUGUGUUGGAUCAAAGAAGGAUCGGGAGCAUCUUCGGAAAGGGAGCAGUGAGGUGCAGAACAGUGCACAGACUGCCCACUAUGUCAAAGAUCCCACAGCAGGAAAUUAUAAAGCUCACAAGGUCCCAUCUAUUGCAAACAUGACAGAUGGAGACAACAUUGCUAUAGCAUUGUAUGAUUAUGAUGCAAUUCAUGAUGGCGACCUUGGCUUCAAGAAGGGAGACAAACUUAAAAUUUUGGAGGAAUCAGGAGAAUGGUGGCGAGCAAUGUCAAUUAGUUCAGGUCAAGAAGGCUUCAUCCCGAGCAAUUAUGUUGCUAAGGAUACGCUCGAAGCAGAGGAGUGGUUUUUCAAGGGUGUGAGCAGGAGAGAUGCCGAGAGGCAGCUGCUGGCCCCAGGGAACAAAGUUGGAUCGUUUAUGAUCCGAGACAGUGAGACCAACAAGGGAAGUUUCUCUCUAUCCGUCAGGGACAGUGAUGGCCCAUCUGGUGACACUGUUAAACAUUACAAGAUCCGUAUGCUGGACAAUGGAGGAUUCUAUAUUUCUCCUCGGAUCACAUUCAGCACCCUGCAGGACAUGGUCAAGCAUUACAAGAAGCAGGGGGAUGGCCUUUGCCAAACUCUCACCAACCCUUGCCUGAGUCCUAAACCAGAGAAGCCCUGGGAGAAAGAUGCCUGGGAAAUCCCAAGGUCGUCACUUAAACUGGAGAAGAGACUUGGUGCUGGCCAGUUUGGAGAAGUUUGGAUGGCUACAUACAACAAACAUACCAAGGUAGCAGUGAAGACCAUGAAACCAGGAAGCAUGUCGGUUGAAGCCUUCAUGGCUGAAGCCAACCUGAUGAAGACUUUGCAACACGACAAACUGGUCCGACUCAAUGCUGUGGUCACCAAGGAGGAGCCCAUUUAUAUUAUCACCGAAUUAAUGGAAAAAGGUAGUUUAUUAGACUUCCUCAAGAGUGAUGAAGGCAGUCACAUCCUACUUCCGAAACUCAUUGACUUCUCUGCUCAGAUUGCAGAGGGCAUGGCUUACAUUGAGGAGAGAAACUACAUCCACCGAGACUUGCGGGCCGCCAACAUCCUCGUCAAUAAGGCUUUAGUGUGCAAAAUUGCAGACUUUGGCCUCGCCCGCAUCAUUGAAGACAAUGAAUACACAGCAAGGGAAGGAGCACGCUUUCCCAUCAAGUGGACAGCCCCUGAAGCCAUCAACUACGGCAGUUUCACUAUUAAGUCAGACGUCUGGUCUUUUGGUAUUUUGCUUACUGAGAUCAUUAGUUAUGGACGCACACCUUACCCAGGCAUGACAAACCCCGAAGUGAUUCGUUCCCUGGAGAAGGGCUACCGAAUGCAGCGUCAGAACAGUUGUCCCAAGGAACUCUAUGACAUCAUGCUGGAAUGUUGGAAGAACAAACCAGAUGACCGUCCAACCUUUGAUUAUCUGCAGAGUGUCUUGGAGGAUUUCUAUACAGCCACAGAAAGCCAGUACCAGCAGCAACCAUGACUCAUUUCUGUGCUAUUUUAUGAUGUAGUAUUUGUACAAAAACUUUAUAGUAUUUCCUGUGUCCUCUGUGUUUCCAUGUAAAUCCCUCAAUAACCUGAUGUCUCAGCAGGCUGUUGACGCAAUUUCUUUAAAAUACACACACAAACAUGAAAAGAACAACACUUUUAAUCUGCAAUAUUUUGGGGGGCGAUUGUACAGCGUAAUGGAUGGAUGGAUUACAGUAAAACAAGUGAAAACCCAAGAAAAGCUAGUUAAACACAAGAAAAGAAUGGGGCCUUUUUUCAAUUUGCAAAAAUAAGCGCUUCCCUUUACGCACUUCAUUAAAUGCAACAAAACAGAAACACCUAAAACUAAUUCCACCCAAUAAAAAAUAAUACAAACUGAUCGAUCCAUGACACAAAAUAAUGCAUUUCAAAAUGAUUAAUGUUCCUUUCUGUAAAUCACAACCCUGGGAUUCAGCUGCAUACUGGUGAAAAAGAGCUGUUCUUCAAAUAUGCUAUUAACACCAUCAAAAAUGACAUUUUAGAGCUAUUUAUUUUACAGCUAUAAAAGUGUGGUCAAAAAUAAAGAUUUCAAAGCAUGUCCACCAUAUUUUUUGAAGUGUCGUACAGAAGUCAUCCACUCAAAAGUACACAAUUUACAAAGUGCUUGUCUUUCUAUUUACAAACCAUGCAAUUGUGUGUCAUAGUGAGAAAUUUAAGGCCCAAGUACACCAGAUGCAUGAUCGUUGCGGCAGACCCGGCGGCAUGGGCGGGCAUUAGGGGGCCGGGCCCGCCCUGAGGGACGGCUGUGCCCGCCCUAGCUCGAUUAAACUGUGCUGUGUAAUUUUUCUUUUUAUAAUCUUCCACAAACACACACACAUGGAGAGAAUGAACCCUAUAUUCCAGUGUUUUUCAACCGAUUGUGCCGCCACCGUGAGAGAUCGUCAGGUGUGCCGCGAGAAAUUAUCCAAUGUCGCUUUUUUUUUAACAUCGUCGGACAAAGUUGAAGUAGUAAGGAAGGAAUGGGCAAAAAGUUCUCGGUUGUGUGCAGAUGAGUCGUGUUGCGUUCAAGAACUGCUUGGAUUUCUAGCCAUCAGCCACCUUGCUCUCCGCAACAAUGUGGACCCCAGCACUUUGUUGUACGGUUUCGGCGUAAUUUGUACAAGUGAGCACUGAUUUUAAAAUGUGUACGCCGUACACUCAGAAUCUGUACGUUUUUCAUGCAUUACGUUUUUUAUCUUCCUUCGGAUUUUGUCACCGUUUCGGCAAUGAGACAAUGUGCGUUACUAUGCAUUACUACUUUGGUUGAAUGACGCGUGAAAAGUCAGACACAGAGAAAGAAGAGCGGGAGUGGGAAAGGGGGAUCUGUGACGCAGUUGCAAACGCGAUGCUAGGCUAGGUGGCUCCAAUAAUACCUGACUGUAGCCGACAGCCUACAAACUACGCCCACAUGAUGCUACGCUAGAUAUCACAUGUAUAUGAACUAGAUGCGAAAUGAUACACUUACCGGCGUUGGUAAACAGCCGCCAUCGUAAGGCAGUAGACUUCUCAGAAAGGCUCUUUUGUAGUGAACCUUCCUAGCGAACCUAAGUAACCUUUUAUCUAAAAUGCUCCUAAAUCGGCAAAAUCUUGACUUGUAUCUAUCUUUAAAUGAUGAAACAUUUUUAAAACUUUCACAUGUCGAAAGUAGACAGAAGAGAACAAAUGCAAAAACUUCAAUGGUUGAUUCUGAUUUUUUUUUUUUUUUAAUGAAAAAAAAAAAAAAAACCAUGAAAGGUAACACCAGUUACUUUGCCAAGUAACUAAUUACUCUUACACUCAGGUAACUGAGUUACUACCUCAAUUACUUUUUGGGUUAAGUAAUUUGCAACUGUAAAUAAUUACUUUUUUAAAGUAAGAUUAACAGCACUGGUCAUAAAGAUGCAGUCUGCAGAAUGAAAAGUGACGAAAGCGGAGAUUUUAUUCUGCCAAUUUGUUGCCGAACACAAUUUGCCCGCAACUGUUGCUGAUCACUUCUCAGAAUUAGCAAAAGAGUUCCCUGACUCAAAGAUUGCAUCAGUAAGUUAAUUUUACCAAUUGACCUUUUUAAUUUGUAAUUAGACACACUAACGGACUACCUUCUAGUCAAUCUGUAUUGCGAGCUGAAGUGCCAUGAAGUGCAGCCAUCAAAAGACAUGAUAGAAAUUGCCAAAAGUGCUACAUACAGUGGGGUAAAUAAGUAUUUAGUCAACCACUAAUUGUGCAAGUUCUCCCACUUGAAAAUAUUAGAGAGGCCUGUAACUGUCAACAUGGGUAAACCUCAACCAUGAGAGACCGAAUGUGGGAAAAAAAAAACAGAAAAUCACAUUGUUUGAUUUUUAAAGAAUUUAUUUGCAAAUCAUGAUGGAAAAUAAGUAUUUGGUCUAUACCAAAAAUUAAUUUCAAUACUUUGUUGUGUACCCUUUGUUGGCAAUAACGUAAGCCACACGUUUUCUGUAACUCUUCACAAGCUUUUCACACACUGUUGCUGGUAUUUUGGCCCAUUCCUCCAUGCAGAUCUCCUCUAGGGCAGUGAUGUUUUGGGGCUGUCGUUGGGCAACACAGACUUUCGACUCCCUCCUCACCCCGUGGCAUCAAAAUGAUAACAAGAACGGGGAGCAAAAAUCCGAGAACCACAUGGGGGGCUAGUGAAUGACCUCCAAAGCUGGGACCACAGUAACAAAGGCUACUAUCAGUAACACAAUGCGCCACCAGGGACUCAAAUCCUGCACUGCAAGACGUGUCCCCCUGCUGAAGAAAGUACACAUAGAGGCCCGUAUGUAGUUCGCUAGAGAGCAUUUGGAUGAUCCAGAAGAGGACUAGUAGAAUGUGUUAUGGCCAGAUGAAACCAAAAUAGAACUUUUUGGCAGAAACCCAGGUUCUCUUGUUUGGAGGAAAAAGAAUACUGAAUUGCACCAUGCCCACUGUGAAGCAUGGGGGUUGAAACAUCAUGCUUUGGGCCUGCUUUUCUGCAAAGGGACCAGGACGACAGAUCUGUGUAAAGCAGGGAUCCCCAAACUUUUUCCUGUGAGGGCCACAUAACUUUUCCCUUCUCUGAUGAGGGGCCGGGUCAGUUUGUAACAGAAAAAGUGUGACGAUUGCAGGAGUGCCUAAAUGUAAAAAGUUAUUGUUUUUCAGAAAGCCACACUCAAAUAACCCUUUCUGGAUUCUUCACGGAACAAAAUUAAAUCAAAAUAAUAAUAACACAAUAAAAUAUAAUAUAAUAUAUUAAUUAGGGCUGUCAAAAUUUUCGCAUUAACGGGCGGUAAUUAAUUUUUUAAAUUAAACACGUUAAAAUAUUUGACGCAAUUAACGCACAUGCCCCGCUCAGACAGAUUUAAAUGACAGUACAGUGAAAUGCCCACUUGUUAAUUGUGUUUUAUGGAGUUUUGCCGCCCUCUGCUGGCGCUUGGGUGCGACUGAUUUUGUAGGCUUCAGCACCCAUGAACAUUGUGUAAGUAAUCAUUGACAUCAACAAUGGCAGGCUACUAGUUUGUUUUUUGAUUCAAAUUUUUACAAAUUUUAUUGAAACGAAAACAUUAGGAGGGGUUUUAAUAUAAAAUUUCUAUAACUUGUACUAACAUUUAUCUUUUAAGAACUACAAGUCUGUCUAUCCAUGGAUCGCUUUAUGUUAAUGUUAAUCAUGUUAAUGCCAUCUUGUUGAUUUAUUGUUAUAAUAAACAAAUACAGUACUUAUGUACCGUAUGUUGAAUGUAUGCACCCAUCUUGUGUCUUAUCUUUCCAUUCCAACAAUAAUUUACAGAAAAAUAUGGCAUAUUUUAUAGAUGGUUUGAAUUGCGAUUAAUUACGAUUAAUUGAUUUUUAAGCUGUAAUUAACUCGAUUAAAAAUUUUAAUCGUUUGACAGCCCUAAUAAUAAUGUAAUAAUAACACUAUUAAUUAAAUAGAUAAUAACCAAAUAACCCUCUCUGGGUUAUUCACAGAAAAAAAGCCAUGAAAUAAAUAACACUAUUGGAUAAAUAAAUAAAUAAAUAAUUGUUCAGGGGGCCGGACCAAAUGUGGAGACGGGCCAUAUCCGGCCCGCGGGCCGUAGUUUGGGGACCCCUGGUGUAAAGGAAAGAAUGAAUGGGGCCAUGUAUCAAGAGAUUUGAGUGAAAAUCUCCUUCCACCAGCAAGGGCAUUGAAGAUGAGGCGUGGCUGGGUCUUUCAGCAUGGCAGUGAUCCCAAACACACAGCCAGGGCAACAAAGGAGUGGCUUCGUAAGAAGCAUUUCAAGGUCCUGGAGCAGCCUAGCCAGUGUCCAGGUCUCAACCCCAUAGAAAAUCUGCGGUAGCAAUGCUCGCCGACUACGACUCACCUACCUGUUGUGUUCCUAGGUAAACCUGCUGACAACACAUCCCGAUUGGUCACCAUCUCUCUUCUUGGAUCAUUUGACAAAGAAAAUUUGUUCAAUGGAGUGGUUCCAUUUGUCCUGUGUCGGACUCAAACAAGCCCCUGCAGCAGACGCCAUCUGGGUCUGCCCUUCUCGUCGAUGAACUGCGGGCUUUUAACUUGUGAAAAUGCAAGAACUUUAAUGCACAUAUUUAUUCUGCCUGGCUAUUUAACUAUGGCCAGUGACGUAUUAUUAUUAUUAUUUUUUUUUUUAAACCACUUUGACAAAGACACGUUUCAUUGUAAUGUUGAAUUUAUAUAUUCUAUUAUUAUUUUUAAAUUAUAAUAUUCUUAUUUGCACUUAUGGAGACUUUAGACUGUCAAUUCAAAUAGUGUUGGAAAAGUUGCAAUACCUAAAAUAGAAAUGCAAGAACUGUAAAGUACAUAUUUAUACACCUUUAUUUACCUAAGGCCACUGGAUGUUUUUUAACUGCUUUGAAAAAAUACAGGUUUUGUUGUGAUCUUGUAUUUAUAUAGUAUAUAGCUUUUUAUAAUGUAUUAUGUAUUAUAAUAUUUGCUGCCCCCUGCCAGAGUGUGGGCCAUUUUGUACUAAAAGGAUUUUAAACUGUCAGUUCAAAUACUGUGUUGGAGACUAGUACUUGCAAUACUUAAAAUGGAAAUGCAAGAACUUUAAAGCACAUAUUUAUCCUGUCUGGCAAUUUACCCAAGGCCAGUAAAUAGUGUUUUAAACUGCUUUGACAAAGACACGUUUAUUGUGAUCUUGUAUUUGUGUAAUACUUAUAAUUAUAUAAUAUUUGCUGCCACCGUCAGAGGGUGGGCCU